CGCUGCUUUGCUGGCUGGAACACAUCGCUAAAUGCUUGCACUUUCUGCCAGGCUCUGCUUUCUAGGGUCAACCGCGGUCCGGAUACGCUUUCAUGAGAACAGCGCCGUUGCUCCCUCGGCCCUCGUAAGAGCUGCUCUCCUGGGGCCAUGAGUAAACAGCAGAAUAAGGAGUCCCUGAAGGACAAGCUGAAGGUGGUGUUUGGACUGGGUCAGCCCCGCCUCCCCAGUAAGCAGACAGAGAGCAAGCCCUCCGAGUUCAUCAUCACCUACGAGAUCCUGAGGGAGCUGGCCCCUGAGUGUGGUCUCAGUAACAGGAUCAAGGUGAUUAACCAUGUAUGUGACUUGGCCAAGUCCAAAAAGUUUGAGGAGCAUGCUGUGGAGGCAUUAUGGAAGGCAGUGGAAGACAUGAUGCAACCAGACCAAUCAACUGAAGCUCGACAUGCUGUUCUUCUACUGCUCAGAGCCAUCAUACAGGGACAGGGGGAGAGACUGGGUCCGUUGCGGGCGUAUUUCUUUAAGAUCAUUUGGGAUUACCAGCCAUGUAACGAGGAUCUGUCUGAAAGACUGGGGGUGUUCAAGGCCCUUACGGAGAAUGGGAAAGACGUCACCUACCUGGAGGACGACAUAGCUCGGUUUGUGCUUCUGUGGAUGGACACUGAUUUGACUGCAGACUUUUUACACGUUCUGGUCAACUUGGUCAAAUUUAACUCCUGCUACCUGGACCAGAAUGUCUCCCUUAUGGUCCAAAAGAUCUGUUUGCUGUGUAACAAGACAACGUCCUCCACUGACAUUGAGGUGGCCUUGCAGGUGCUAGACGCAGUCGUGUGCUACAACUGCCUGCCCUCGGACUCCCUGGCCAUCUUCAUCAUCACGCUGUGCAGGACGGUCAACGUGAAGGAGUUCUGCGAGUGCUGCUGGAAGUUAAUGCGUAAGGUGCUGGGGACACACCUCGGACACAGCGCCAUCUACACCAUGUGCCGCAUCAUGGAGGAAAGGGCGUACACGGAGGACGCUGCUCUACUGAGAGGGGCGGUGUUUUUCGUUGGCAUGGCAUUGUGGGGUGCGCACAGGCUCCCUGCCCUCAAAAACACACCUACACUGGUGCUGCCCUCCUUCUACAAGGCUAUGAACUGUGCCAAUGAAGUCGUGUCCUACGAGAUCGUCCUGUCGGUCACACGGCUCAUCAAGAAGUACAGCAGAGAGCUGCAGGUGGUCACCUGGGACAUACUGCUGGCCAUUAUAGAAAAACUACUGCAGCAGAUACAGACCAUGGGCAGUGCGGAGCUGAAGGCCAUUGUGUUCGAGCUGUUGAGUACGGUGGAGGAGGUGUAUGAGCAGAACGAGUACCAUGGCUCCACCGAGCGUUUCUUCAGCCUGGUGGAGAAGUGCGCCGAUAAGCGAGCCGACACCUCUGUGUUGACGCUGAUCUCCUACCGGGCUCAGUCCAUCCACCCUGCUAAGGACGGCUGGAUCCAGAGCCUCCACCGGCUCAUGGAGAAGUUCUUCAGGAAUGAGACACGUAGUGUGAUCAGAACCAAAGUGCUACACAUCCUCUCCUUUGUCCUCAGCACCAACCGGCAGCUCUAUGAGGAGGAGCUGAUUGAGGCGGUGGUGAUCCCCCAGCUGGGGCAGAUUGCGGAGGACAGAGACCUGUGUGUGCGCAAGCAGGCCACCCAGCUGCUGCUGGACCUGGCUGAGGGCUGCAACACACACCACUUCAACAGUCUGCUCGACAUCAUCGAGAAGGUUGCGAGUCGCCCGCUGGUGUGUGCUGCAGACAGUGAGCGAGACCUCCUGGCUGAGUCUCCCCUGGAGGACGUGAAGACCGCUGUUCUGGGUCUGCUGGAAGUACUGCAGAGCAAGAUGUACAGUCUGCCAGCCAGCCAUGCGAGUCGAGUGUACGAGCUACUGAUCAGUCACCUGCAGCUACACUACAAACACAAGUAUUGCUCCACGCUUGCCAGCGCCAUACGCCUGCAGGUGUUUGAUUUCUUGUUGUUGAUGAGAGCUGAUUCAUUGCAUCGUCUGGGUGUGCCCAACAAAGACGGAGUUCUCAGAUUCAGCCCCUACUGCUACUGUGAUGUGGGUGGAACAGAGAAGAGGGAGGUGGAGAAAAAGCCUUCAGGAACCAUCUCCCCACCUGCUGGAAGUCCUGCCCCAGUGGCCCCGCCCACAUCCAUCCGUACCGCCUACCUCCCAUACAGCUACGCCUUCAGUGUGUUACUGCAGUGCCUAAAGAUGGAGACGGACUGGAAGGUUCUGAAGCUGCUUCUGGAUAAGCUGCCGUGGACCUUGCAGUACAAGGUUCUGCUCCUCACCUCCCCCUGUAGCAUGGAUCACCUCUGCUCCACCCUCUGCUCUAUGGUGACGGAUCGCCUGAUCUCGGAGAGACUGAAGCGUACUCCAGACGGAUUCUCCCGUACGGAUGUCCAGCUCGCUGUGGUUCCAGUCCUUACUACCCUCACAUCCUACCACAGCUACCUAGACCAGUCCAGACAGAGGGAGCUGGUGCAGUGUAUGGAGACUGGGCUGAUAUACCGCUGUGCUAAACAGUGUGUGGUGGCUCUUACCAUGUGCACCGUGGAGAUGCCAGACAUCAUGAUUAAGCUCCUCCCCGCACUCAUCGUCAAGCUCACGCACAUCUCGGCAACGGUCGCCAUGGCCUCACCCAUGCUGGAGUUCUUGUCCACUCUGGUGCGACUCCCUCACCUGUAUGCUAACUUUGUGGCCGAGCAGUAUGUCAGUGUGUUCGCUAUCUCGCUGCCCUACACAAACCCCUCCAAGUUUAAUCAGUACAUUGUGUCUCUUGCCCAUCAUGUCAUCGCUAUGUGGUUCAUUCGCUGCAGGCUGCCCUUCAGGAAAGACUUUGUGCAGUACAUCACCAAGGGUCUUCGGUCCAACGCUCUGCUUCCGUUUGAUGACACACAUGAACAGAGCAGCUUCAGAGCCCGUAGCACCAGUCUGAAUGAGAGGCCAAAGAGUCUGCGGCCUGCCAAAGUAGCCAAGCAGAGCCACAGUGCUAACUCUCCCGUUAAAGAGCAGAGAGACGUGUCUGCCAUGGACAACUUCCGUUCCCGAAGCAUCAGCGUAUCCGAGCACGCGGUGCGCAGAAUGCAAACCUCCAUCACGACAUGCAGCCUGGGCUCAGCAGACGAGAACGCGGUGAUGCAGGCGGACGACGCGCUGAAGACCGUCCACCUGGAGCUCACGGAGACCUGCCUGGACAUGAUGGCGCGAUACGUCUUCUCCAACUUCUCCGCCCUGCCCAAGAGGUCUCCCAAUGCUGAGUUCGCAUUGGCUGGUGGGCCCAGCAUGACUUGGCUGGUUGGCAACAAACUCAUUACCAUAACGACCAGCGCUGGGUUACGGACCCAGGCCUUGUUAGGACUGGAUGUGGCAGACAGACCUGGAGGAGGAGAGAUGACCCGGUCAGACCCAUCACUGCACACCAGGCAGACCAAGGAGGCACCGGCCAAGCUGGAGUCUCAGUCCAGCCAGCAGCUGAGCAGAGCCACUCGUAUCCGCCAGCGCUCCAUGUCUGGUGGUCAUGCCCUACGUGCGGGUCCAGCCCAGAGCCUCAGCCCUCUCGUCUCUCCCUCAGAGAGCGAGUUGGGCGGUCCAACGCUGGAAGCGUUGAGCUCCUCCAGGGUGACUGACGACCUCCCCCAUAGCUCCGCCCCCCACUGUGCGCUGCCCCUCAGAGACAAGCGCAGCCUCGCCGACUUUGUUCCCGUGCUGACCCAGGGCUGGGCCGAGAUAUUCAUACGCAGACCUUCAGGUAACACCAGCUGGCUGAUGCGUCUGGAGAACCCCCCGAGUCCAUUUUCCUCUGAUCUUGGAAGUGUUCCCGUGCAGGAGCUCUCUAGCGUUCUUAUGGCUGUGGACAGCAGAAUGGAGCCUCAGACACACUCCACCAGUGUCUCCUCUGACGCCGGCCCGGGCCACGCCAAGCCCAGCCUCAUCCAGCGUUCCAACACGGUGGGCUCUCUCUGCUCACUGUGCCCCUCCGAUCAGCCAGGCAGGUUACAUAGGAGUAUAUCCUGGGCAGACUCAGUGGUUGAACUGGAAGAAGGUGGGCGGGGCAAAGGACCGGAUUCGCCCUGCGAUUCGGCAGAGCUGGCAGAGUUUGAGGUCGUGCCCUCUGGGCCCAUCUUCAUCAGUCCUGAGAAGUACAAGCCGUCGUGUGCCACGCUCAGCAGGUCGUCCUCUGCCUCCAGCCAGGACGAUGAGAAGUCGACCCUGGAGGAGGUCAGCGAGGGAGGCAUCCCCAUCGACCAGCCUGCCGUGGCCUUCUGCGGCCCAGAGGACUCUCACUUGCCCUUCUCUCACUCCCAGACCCUCAACAAGUCCAGCUCGUCCCCUGAGCUGCAGACGCUACCCGAGGCCUUUGCCAAGGCGCUGGGGUCCGGGGCCGGAACGGGAGACGCGCUCUGCUCCGUAACCCCAGUGGAGCUCCGGGGCCAGCAGGGCCAGGCUGAGAGAGAGGGCCCGGGGGAGAACGUCGGCCCGGAAGGUCCCCCCAGCGCCGGCGUGUCCACCUCCUGUUCCUCCUCCUCCUCCUCCUCGGCCGCGAAGGUGAAGCCGGAGUUUCCGAGCCCCCAGCCGGGGCCCCACUCGCUCUCCCUCAGCGGGCACCGCCCUCGCGGCCACACCAUCUCCGUCUCCGCCCCCUCGUCACGCAGGGAGAGGAAGUCGGACCGCGACCCGUACCGCAACCGCGGGGGCCCGACGGGCGCCGAGAAGAGUUGGGGACUGAGCCCCAGUUUCGUGUUCCUCCAGCUCUACCACUCGCCCUUCUUUGGCAACGAGGCCAACAAGCCCCUCCUGCUGCCCAAAUCUGAGCUGAUUGACCGAGCCGUUAAAGUCCUGGAUCAGAUACCUCCGUAUGACACUCAUAAGAUUGGAGUGGUGUUUGUGGGGCCUGGCCAGGCCAACAGCGAGGUGGCCAUCCUGUCCAACGAGUACGGCUCCAACCGCUACGCCCGCUUCCUGACGGGGCUCGGGAAGCUCAUCCACCUGAAGGACUGCGACCCAGACCAGAUCUUCCUCGGCGGCCUGGACCACGGUCGCUAUGCUGAUGAUGGAGAGUUCACUUACUGCUGGCAUGAUGACAUCAUGCAAGCCAUUUUCCAUAUCGCCACCCUGAUGCCCAAUAGAGAGAGUGACAAAAGUUGCUGUAAUAAGAAGAGACACAUUGGAAACGACUUUGUGGUUGUGGUUUACAACGACUCGGGCGAGGAUUACAAGCUCGGGACCAUUAAGGGCCAGUUUAACUUUGUGGAGGUCGUCAUAAAGCCUCUAGACUACGAGAGUAACCUGGUUACACUACAGUGUCGCAAAGACCUGGAGGGGUUGGUGGACACCACGGUAGCGAAGAUCGUGUCUGACCAGAACCUUCCCCUGCUAGUCCGACAGAUGGCCCUACAUGCUAAUAUGGCGUCCCUGGUCCACCAGUACAGGGCCAAUCCGUCCGACGCCUACGCCUCAAAGUGGCUGGCCCGCCUACGGCACAUCAAAAGAAUCCGAACACGGGCUCAAGAAGAGAUCCAGUCCCGCCCCAUUCCUGGAAUUGCUCUUGCACAAAGCCAUGCCCCCCUGCAGAACAAGUCCUCCCACCCGAUGCCAGGCUCCACCCCCAACCCUGAUUCUGGCCAGAGGAAGCGACUGGUCUCCACAGUUGACGACUUCACAGAUUUUGUUUAGGAUUGACCUUUGACAUUUUCAUCCUCCAUUACCCGAUGACGAUGAUGACUGAUGCUAUUUUUAACAUUUUUAACUUGAUGAUGAAUUAAAUUACCUUUAGACAGCAGCGAAGUGCCCCACAUUAAUACCUGUUUAGUGCUGUCACUUGUACUGCAUUUCAAGAAGCACCUUUUGCCAACACACACACAAGCAUACACAUUUUCACAACACUUUCAUUCUUGUACACUUUCACGGCGCCCCUCCGCGUGCACACACUUUUUAUUGCCUCUUUUUUUGGGCUGACUGAUCUCUUAAUACCAGCUAAUCCAUCGAUUAAAAAGAGAUUUUAUUUGCUGUUUUGCGUGUGCAUAAAUGAAUUGUAAAUGAAAAGGUAGAGAGAUUUUUUAUAGUGCAUGUAUUUGCACAUUGAGCUCCAUCCACAUGUGCCGGCGUGUGAAGCGUGGAGAUCGGAGACCCUCCUCUCAACCGGAAUGACAUGCUGCCAUAGGCAUCCAAGGCAGUGAAUAAACACUACAAAGUUUGGAAACCCAGUUGUACGCGUAUGUCUCUGUGCACUUGUAUGUAGAAUAAAUUGUUGCAAUUCCAGAA